AUGGAUGCUCAGAAAAAGGAGGGUAGAAAGGGUCGAAAGUCCCACCACUACCAGCAGCAGGGACUAUUGCUUGUUUUAUUUAAAUUUUUCUUGAAUUUGGCAUUGCGAGUUGCAAAUGCAGAUGGACAUACUUGUCACUCUCGUUGUACACUUGCUAAACAGGUGGAUGUGGAAAGGGACCCGACGCCAGAUAUUCCAGAGCCUAUCAUUGUCCCAUUUCUUUGA